ACUAGAACCGUGCACCAUGAUCGAACUACAUAUUUGGGGUGCGAAUGGCGAGCCGUCAGUAAUAUCUCCAGAGUCAGUUGCAUGCUAUUGGUUGAACGGUCUCAUUCUGGACCACGAAGCUGUAAAAGUAGUGUGUUCGUGCAACACAAACUUGUCAAAAAUGGGCACUCUUCCCAUCCUCAUUACAGAAGAACAAACGGUAGAGGGGUUUGCAGAUAUCGCUUCGUAUAUAGGUGAACACUUCGUUCUAAGAAAUGAGUUUAUAACUUCCAAGCAACUCAACACAUCCGAAAAGAUCCAGCAAAAGAGUCUUAUUCACUUUGUGUCAACCAAAUUGUAUUAUAUCAACCAAUACAACUUGUUCAUCAACACGAAAAACUACGGGAAAUACGUCCGCAAGCUUUUCAAGAAUUACUUGCCUUUCCCUAUGAUGUACAAUCAGCCCUUGAAGUACUUCAAUAGCGCAAAAGAGGAGGUUAAGAUUAUAGGUAUUGGCGAAAAUAAGACCCGGUUCUUCUCAUUUGGGCCCGACAAUGCGCCAGUAGAUGACUUGGAAGAUGAUACGAUGACCCCAAUCUCGAAGCUUCAUGAGAAACAGAUGAUGCUCAAGAACAAAGAACGAAUGUCCUUAAGAGAAACCAAGAAUACACUCAAAUCUAUAGCUCUUUUGGAUGGGUAUUUGAGCCAAUGGGAGGCACUGAGCAUAGGAAACAGUAGCCAAAUUACUGCUGCAGAGGUUCUUUUUUUGGCGUAUCUUAGCUGCAUUUUUCAUGAAGAGUUACCUGAUUCAAGCCUAACAACCACCAUGAAAACCCAUCAAAACUUGUAUGAAUGGGCAGAAAAUUGGACCCAGACUCUAGAAAAGUUGGCAGACUAUAAAGAUAUUGUACCACCCGUGGGAAGCCAAAUUCCCAAUCUUUACAACGAAAUUAAAUAUCAACUAGGCUUCUACUAAAUAAUGGUCAUAUACACGACCGCCUAUAAACACUCGCACUAGAACGUCCACAGAGAAAUUUUCACUCAAACUCGAACAGAAAAGUUGAUGUUUUCAGUUGCUUGAAAUACGGAUGUGAAGCGGCAGCAGCUCUGUACAUACGUGUAUCGAGAAACCGAAAACUGACACCUGGCAAUCGCAUAGUUUCAUGCACACGUGAUCCGUGUGUGACAUGAUGGAGAUAUUUAUCCUUGCCACAGAUCGACUGUCCACCGGCUGAAUAUCGGAAGCUUUCUAGCAGCCGUCUUUUCUAUUCAUCCAAUGUGGACAAACAUAUGUAGUGUAGCAAUCGAAGUAGUGUCAAACAUCUUGAGACAGUCACGUGCUUUGCCCCAUGGAUCCAUCAAGUCC